UCUGGGGCGGGGCUUGCCUGGAGGUGGGGCGUAGGGAUCCGGAAACACCUGAACCUUGUUAGCUAAUCCCUUAUAAAUUUAGCGUCCAGGCAGUGUUUCUUCCCGGCUGAACCUGGCGUCCAACUGCUAAAGCGUCUUCUCUUCGACUCGUUCAGGGGCAGCCCAGAGGCUGCCGCAGUUUGGGCCGCGGCCUGGUGCCCUGCCGUGGGGUCCCCCAUAUCAGCUCGAGCCAUGCCCGCGGCUGCUGCCCCCAUCAUCAGCUCGGUUCAGAAGCUGGUCCUGUACGAGACUAGAGCUAGAUACUUCCUAGUUGGGAGCAAUCAUGCAGAAACAAAAUACCGUGUUUUGAAAAUUGACAGAACAGAACCAAAAGAUUUGGUUGUCAUUGAUGACAGGCAUGUAUAUACUCAACAAGAAGUGCGAGAACUUCUUGGGCGCUUGGAUCUAGGAAACAGGACAAAGAUGGGACAGAAAGGCUCCUCUGGGUUAUUUCGAGCUGUUUCAGCUUUUGGUGUUGUAGGUUUUGUCAGGUUUUUAGAAGGCUAUUAUAUUGUGUUAAUAACCAAAAGGAGGAAGAUGGCAGAUAUUGGAGGUCAUGCAAUAUAUAAGAUUGAAGAUACAAAUAUGAUCUAUAUACCCAAUGAUUCUGUACGGAUUAGUCAUCCUGAUGAAGCUAGGUAUCUACGAAUAUUCCAAAAUGUGGACCUAUCCAGCAAUUUUUACUUUAGUUACAGCUAUGAUUUGUCCCACUCGCUUCAAUAUAAUCUCACAGUCUUGCGAAUGCCCCUGGAGAUGUUAAAGUCAGAAACCACCCAGACUCGCCAGGAGAGUUUCGACAUCUUUGAAGAUGAAGGAUUGAUUACACAGGGUGGAAAUGGUGUAUUUGGGAUCUCUAGUGAGCCUUACAUGAAGUAUGUGUGGAACGGCGAACUUCUAGAUAUAAUUAAAAAUACUGUCCAUCGUGACUGGCUGCUAUACAUUAUUCAUGGAUUCUGUGGGCAGUCAAGUAUCCUUUUUUAAAACAUUAAGAUAAAUAUUAUUAAAUUUAUGCUAUACCAGUUUGUAGAUAGCUGUAUAUUAAUUAUAAGAUCAUUACAAUUAUGUGUGCAUCCAGCAGAUAGAUUACAAUUAUGCAUUCUUUGUGGUUGAAAUACAAUGAGGAAUGCAGAUCUAUUAUGUCUAUAGACAGGUAAAUAACAAGGAAGAAAAUGCUCUGUGCCCAGAAAGUGCUGUAGGUAGCAAGUGUCAUUCUUACCUAAGAGCAGGAGCAGAAUCGCUAACAGGAGGGGAGGAUGGGGCCAGGCUCAUAGGAAGAGUUGAACUUGGCUUGACUUGAUCAAGAAGCAGGCCUCAGCAGUGAGACUGUGGGUUGGGGAAGCAUCAUGAGUGCAGAGAUGAAAAAGUUCAUGGGAGUGUACUUGUGGUUUGUGUAUAAAAUGCCUUGGAGGUGCAGUGGAGUGGGAGGAGAUAGGUUGGGGGGAGUCAGACUGCCAAUCACCAGGUUACUCUGGUGGUCGGAUGAAGGACUUUGGGUUUGGUGCUAGAAUUUUUGAAAGUUUUUUUCAAGAGGAUAACAUGCAAAUUAGUACUUAGGAAGCUUGGGUGGGUAACCAUUUUCAAAGUGUGUUGGUCACUCCAUUAUGUCCCACUAUUUGUGACCCUGUGGACUGUAGCCCUCCAGGCUCCUCU